GUUAUUUGCUCACACGAAGCACAAAAUUCAUCUUUUUUCCCCUUCAUCAUCUUCUUCGUCUCGUUGAGUUUGCUUCACGUGACCUAGUUUAUCUUUUGCACGUUGCUGUUUAGUUCCUCAGUCUCGGUCACUUCCACACCGAUAUCGAUGUUGUAGCGAGGAAUUCAACGCCGAAUUUCCUUCACUCGAGAAUUAGUUCGUCAAUAGUUACCUGAAGCUUAGAGUGAUCCGUUUUCAGGGAGAAUCGAACAGAGGCUUCUGGGUGAAUGGUAAACGAGGAGAUGUCUGGGUUCGUGGGUGUUGUCGUUUCGGAUCCAUGGCUGCAGAGCCAGUUCACACAACUCGAACUUCGAAAUCUCAAUUCCAAGUUUGUAUCGUUGAAGAAUCAGAGUGGAAAGAUCACCAUACAAGACCUCCCUCCUCUAUUGGUGAAGCUCAAGGCACUUAAUUCAACAUUCAAGGAGGACGAAAUCAGGGAUAUUCUGUGUGAAUUGAGUUUUGAUUCAAGCAGUGAUGUGGGUUUUGAAGAGUUUCUCAAGAUAUAUCUCAGCUUACAAGGUAAAGCAGCUGAGAUCUCUGGUGGUCAUAAGAACGCAUCCUCGUUUCUUAAAGCUAGUACAACGACACUUCUCCACACUAUACACCAGUCGGAGAAGGGUUCUUUUGUUCAACACAUCAACAGAUAUCUUGGUGAUGACCCUUUUCUGAAGCAGUUCCUUCCACUUGACCCAGAUUCCAAUGAGUUGUAUGAGCUUGUGAAAGAUGGUGUGCUUCUUUGUAAGCUCAUAAACGUAGCAGUUCCCGGGACUAUAGAUGAACGAGCGAUCAACACGAAGAGGGUACUUAACCCGUGGGAGAGAAAUGAGAAUCAUACGCUUUGUCUCAACUCUGCGAAAGCUGUUGGAUGCACUGUUGUUAAUAUUGGGACACAGGACCUGGCAGAAGGACGGCCUCACCUGGUGCUCGGAUUGAUUUCACAACUCAUAAAGAUUCAACUGCUCGCUGAUCUCAAUUUAAAGAAGACGCCUCAGCUUGUUGAGUUGGUAGAGGACAACGAUGAUGUUGAGGAGUUGCUGAGAUUACCCCCUGAGAAAGUUUUACUGAAAUGGAUGAACUUCCAUCUUAAGAAAGGGGGUUUCAAGAAAACCGUCUCAAACUUUUCUUCGGACUUGAAGGAUGCACAAGCCUAUGCUUACCUGCUCAAUGUUCUCGCACCUGAACACUGUGACCCGGCUACACUAGAUUCAAAGGAGUCUCUUGAGAGGGCUGAACUGGUUCUCAAUCAUGCAGAGAGAAUGAACUGCAAACGAUACUUGAAUGCUCAAGAGAUUGUUGAAGGAUCUCCAACUUUGAACCUCGCAUUUGUGGCACAAAUAUUCCAUGAAAGGAAUGGUCUAAGUACGAAUGGUAAGUAUUCAUUUGCGGAGAUGAUGACCGAAGAUGUACAGACUUGUAGAGAUGAACGAUGCUACCGGCUAUGGAUCAACAGCCUCGGGAUUGAAAGUUAUGUCAAUAAUGUGUUUGAAGAUGUUAGAAAUGGAUGGAUUCUCCUGGAAGUUCUUGACAAGGUCUCUCCUGGGUCAGUGAAUUGGAAGCAUGCUUCCAAACCGCCCAUUAAGAUGCCAUUUAGAAAAGUAGAGAACUGCAAUCAAGUCGUAAAGAUUGGGAAAGAGCUCAAAUUCUCACUCGUAAAUGUAGCUGGAAAUGACAUAGUUCAAGGGAAUAAGAAGCUCAUUCUUGGUCUGUUGUGGCAGUUGAUGAGAUUUCAUAUGCUCCAACUUCUCAAGAGUCUGAGAUCGCGGACACGAGGUAAAGAAAUGACUGAUGCAGAUAUCCUCAGCUGGGCCAACCGGAAAGUAAGAACUAUGGGGCGAAAAUCGCAGAUCGAGAGCUUCAAGGUUCGUUUCUUCAUAUCAACUUCAAGCACUUAUCUUAUAAAAUAUGUCCACCAUCACUUUCUAGUGAAUGUGAAUCAAAUUGAGUUUCUUCAGGACAAGAGUCUAUCGAACGGGUUAUUCUUCCUCGACCUUCUAUGGGCUGUUGAGCCAAGAGUUGUAAACUGGAAUCUUGUCACCAAGGGUGAAACAGAUGACGAGAAGAGGCUGAAUGCUACGUACAUAGUAAGCGUCGCAAGAAAGCUCGGUUGUUCGGUUUUCUUGUUGCCUGAAGAUAUCAUGGAGGUGAAUCAGAAGAUGAUCCUAAUUUUAACGGCGAGUAUAAUGUACUGGAGUCUUCAGAAACGCUCACACUCAUCGGAGAGUUCGGAUUCGUCGUCAACUGAUCAGAGCACAACCACGACGUGCACCAGCACAGACGCGUCCCCUGCUCCAUCUGUCACGGCAGAGGACGAAGUUUCCUCAUUGAGCGGCGAAGUCUCGAGCUUGGCCGUUGAAGAAAACGAGGCUGAUGUGGUUUCAGACAUCCCCACUGCCUCAGAGGACACACCCAACGGAUAGAGAGAGAGAGAGAGAGAGAGAGAGAGAGAGAGGAGACGAAUAUCUUUUGAGAGAGCAAAGGAGCUUUUGUUAACAUACUCUUGUAAUCUGUAUGUGCGUCUCAACACAUGUCUGGCAUCUUGCGCAUUCUACCUCCUUAGAGAGAUGUCUAUAGAAUAGAUUCCCGGCUACA